AUGAUGAAAUAUUUGGUUCUGGAGGAUCUAGGAGGAUGCGUUUCACUGGACAUAACAGGAUGUACAGGACUAGAAAGUAACACCAUUAUCUCUACGGUGAGGGCCGCAAUUAUAAGUAAGGUCAUGAAUACAUUUGAAGAGAGAAGCUUGGCAUAUUAA